GGGCUGGCACUUUCUAUGGCAUUCGCGGUAGUGGCAGAUCCGAAGCUGGCUGUGAACAGAUGGAGUGGUUGUGCUGAGGUGAUAUCUGGCAGCCCUUUCCCCUUCUACUUUGAACCGUGUGCCACUGCUGAGUGGGAAGUGCUGCUCGACAGAGACGGAGUGCAACUAGCACAAGAAGCACAAGAAACGCAAGAAGCGCAAGAAGCACUGCAGAGUGCCGCAAGGGCCGCAAGUCCUCCCAGUCGCGCCAAAUCUUCGGUGAAUUUGUCGGAGAUCACAGCCGAUCUGAAGCUCCCCGAGGCUGAGAAUCUUUUGGGCUGCACAGAGCACAAAUUGAACUUCGGUGGGAGCAUUGUGCUACUCCAAAGAGGAGGUUGUUACUUUUCGUGGAAGGUGCUACUUGCGGAAGCAGCAGGAGCUGGAGCCGUCCUCAUCUUUGAUACUGCACCAUUCCAGGUAACUGCCAUCCUUGCAGUUCCAGGGCCAUUUGAAAAUCCCAGGAUUCCUGGCUAUUUGAUCUCGCGUUCUCAAGGUGAAGAACUGCUUAAAAGGUUGGAUGGUGGAGAAGAGAUCCAAAUCCUGUGCAGUUGGAGUGCUGUCGAUGUGUGGUUUAAUCUUCCAGAGCAUUCUCUCGAAUUAAACGACAGUAUCAUCUUGCACAACUAUGGCGACGAAGACAUGCCAUGGGUUGUUGAUAUGAUUGACAACAAUGCCAGCUUCGAGACUGACCCGUUCUACUCAGCGCGUGUGUUUGGACCCGACCACGCAACAACUUUCAACGGAACGGAGAUGAAGAAUAUCACAGUUUUUAAUUCGUCCGCGCUGGACGAUGACUUCCAUCUCCUCAAGCUGCCAUUUCGAUUCCCCCAUUAUCUCCAAUUUAAAGACAAAGUCUUUGUGUCUGCAAAUGGCGUUUUGGUGUUUGAUCCUGUCUUCUCCAACAUCGUUGGUUCAAUCGCCGACUCUGUUGCUCCUACAGCCCUCAUUGCACCGCUGUGGGCCGAUUUGUUUGGUGGCGCUAUUACUGGACAAGGUGACUCGCGACGCUUGGUUCUACGCUUUGAAGGCUUCUGGUUGAAACCAACAGGUCUUUUGACAGAGCCUUCAGGUCCCUUCACCUUUGACGUGUGGUUGUUUGAUGAUGGUGAGAUCCAUAUCCAUUGGGAAACUUUCCCUCACAGUGGCUGGCUGGAACUGGUGGAGAUUGGCCUGGAACCUGGCAGUGGAGCUAAAGCACUGCCGCUCAAAGAGUGGGGACUCCAAGUCGAUACUCAAAACACUCCAAACGAGACUCAAAGCACUCCAAAUCUGACAGAUUUCACAGACCCUUUCAGAUCCAGAUCUCUCAGCGCAGUUCUGGUGCCAUGGGUGAAACUUUCGAGAAGUACCGAUGCAUUGCCUCCAAAUCAAUUCCUCACGUUGAACAUGACGCUGCCAAAGACUCCCUCUGAAACCACUGCCUGGCUCUUUUUCUAUGCACGAAAAAGUCUGGGCACUUGGCAUCCACGACGAAACGUGCGACUCCUCCAACGCACCUUUCGGCACGUGUGGGUUCUCAGUGGCUGGGACGGUGGCUUGCACAGUGGGAGCUGUGCCGCCAAUGGCUUGGUCCGACGCAGGACUCGUCGAUGUGUUGGAAGUGACGGAGCGGAGUACGAUGAGAGCUACUGCAUUGGCAGCUGCGAAGACAUCACAUUGGAGCAGAAUUUUGAUUAUCCAGUCAGGCACGUGUGGAAAGAUGGCUACAAUAAUCGAUGUGAGGACUACCGAGCUUUGUCUUUUUGCAACGAGACUGGCUAUGGACCCAAAUGGCAAAGUUGGUGGGGAAGAUUCGAAGACUGGGUUUCAGGUGGCCCUGGUGCCGGUGAAGCCUGUUGUCUUUGUGGUGGAGGCCGUGUAUCUGAACCUUCUGGAGCCUCUGGAGCCUCUGGAGCUCCAGUUUUGUCUGAGAAGUGUCCCAGUGUGAAGUGCCCCGUCAACUCAGUGGGCGUCGAUGUGCUGAGUGGAUGCAGUUGCCAAGCUGGUUUUGAAGGAGAGGUGAUACCUUCCGACCAAUCUCCAUAUUUCCGAGGACAAUGUUCUCCAGUCGCCUGCCCACUUCAUUCAUUUGGAGAACACGUAGCUGACGGCUGUGUUUGUGACGCGGGCUACAUAGGUAGCAUCAUCCCGUCCAAGGCAGAACCUUUCUUCAUAGGCAGCUGUAGGGAAGCGUCGACAAGUGCAAGCAGCUCCGUCACGGCCACAAGGACUGGAACAAGAACCUCCACUGCCUCCACUUCAACUACCUCUUUGCAUUCGUUGCAUGAGUUCACUACAGGCAUUCCAUACACUUCAGCGAGACAUGAAACUGUGAGCUCAACUACCUCCUCAAUAUCUACCAGCACAGAAAGCACAGCAAGAACUAUGUACAUGGGAACGUUUCCAGAGAGACGAAGUGUCCAAGUCUCAGCAACUGCUACCACGACGAGCGAAAGUCCACUCAGCACAAUUGACUUUUGGACAUCGACUUCGUUCGCGUCGUUCGCGUCGUUCACCUUCACAUCGAGUUCCUCAAGUUCAACUGAUUCCAUGGCAAAUAGUCCCACCUCGGAAAGCCAGACCAGCACCGAAGCCAAUCUGCCAUUUCCAGCACUCGACAACUCAACGCAGACGAAGUCAAGCACUGGGACAACAACUACAAGAACUAUCACGGUUGGAAACAGAUCGACUUCGUCCACCCCUACAACCAUUACCGCGCUGAGUCCAGAAGAUUCAGAGUACCGACAGACACAUCCGCAAAGCUCUUCAACAUCUACAGCUCAAUCAGCCCAAUCUACCCAGAGUCAGACAAGCACCCUGACGUUUCCUACUGCAGGAUUUUCCAGUGCUUUCACAACAUCAACCAGCUCGACAUCCACGACAUUUCAAACAUUUACGACAUCAAAGGUGGAAACGAUGGAGCUUGUGAACGAAGCAGGUGCUAAUGUAGAGCUUUCUGGAGCCUAUGAACCACCCAAAGCAGCCUUUGCCUCCACAAGCCGCAAGGUUGCAGCAAUGGUGACUCAAGGCUCAGAUGGAGGGCCUUCGACAUCAGCGCUGAUUUUGCUUCUGCUCAUUUCGACGCCUUGCUUCGCGUGCCUUUGUGGUGCAGGUCGACACUUGCUUGCAAGAAAGGCCAAAUCGGCGGCUGUGCACCCGGAGCCCCCGGAGCCUUCCGAGCCAAACCCAGCGUCAAAACCCUCGGAACCGUCAGAACCGCACGUGCGAAUCGUGCGAAUCGUGCGUCCUGAUUGGGAUGCACCGGAUGCACCGGAUGCACCUGGCCGACAUUGUGCUCCUGUAACUGUGCGUGCGGCAGUGCAUGCAGAGAAGAAGCGCUCUGAUCAUGUAGAAAUAUCAGACAUGUGAAGUUCCGAUCUUUCACCUUGAACAAUCCUCGCGGAAGGGAAUCGUGGCAGCUUGAAAUGACAGCUAUGGCUCAAGAAGGGCUUAAGCGGCUUAAGCCGAGUGAAACAGCAAACAUCACACCUCAUUUUCUUAGCAUCAAAGCCGUGCAGUUUUGAGCCAUCGCCCAAUUGAUUGAUUUUGCUGGCAAAACCCAGCUCUUGGCAAAUGUUCAUUUAAAAGCCACCCCCAGUUUGGAUGGCGUGGGAAUCUCAGCCUGUCAAAGACGCAGGUCCGCCAAUGUUCCUUGCCUUGUUUGCUCCUCCCCUUGCCUCAAAAGACUAACAAUUUCAGAAGCAAACAAACUUGUGUCAGUUGUGUAUAGCCUAGCUCACAAACUUUGAACAUGUUUCGAUCGCUGUCCAGUGAAAAGUCGAGCAUUUUGGUACUGGCAAAGCACAUGCCAGAAUGACUCGUAAGAGAAUGAAGCAGAAGGGAAAGAGAGCAACAUGCGUGGUUUGUUAGACAUCCUUGAAUCAUCUUGAAUCAAUUCAGUCAUGCAAGACCAAUUUGGGAGAAAAUGCAAAGCCAGAACCCUCAGUGUUGAAAAUGAGGACACUCGCCUGUACACAACCUCCACUCCCACCCCAGCUAACAACUCUGCAGUUUUUAAAUCAUGG